ACAAACACCUCUCUCUCUCUCUCUCUCUCUCUCUCUCUCUCUUGUUGUCUCUCCCAAAAUUUCUAGGGUUUUCGCUUACCUUUGGGAUUCGCUUUGUCGCAGGAUGAUCCCGCGGAGGAGCUCGAGCCGCUCUUCGACUACACCCGCGUCCAACCCUCCGAGUUCUUCUACUUCGACGGCUUUUGGAUCGGCAGAUAAGGAUUUGGAAACGUCGCCGAUCUUCGCGCAUUGUAAAAGGAAGAAGGUUUCGAAUGAUGGGGAAAAGGAGAAGGUACGUUGUGAAGAUGUGGUUGUGUUAAAAGAAGAUGAUGGUGUUAAGAAGGGGAACGAAGAGGAGAAUUGGUUGCCUCCGCCGCCUCCGAAGCCCCCUGGUUCGGGAUUGGAUUUGGAAAAGGAUGAGACUCUGCAGGAGUUGAGGUUAAAGAAGCAGGAAUUGGCUUCAUUAGCUCGCUCAGCACAAGAUGUAUUAAAAGAUUUGGUGGAAAAUGCCGAAAGAGAGCUCAAAAGUUCCAGGGUACCUGCUGAGGAAGUCAUUUUAGACUCACCAGAAAAACCACAAGCUGAGAGACAAAAAAUUGUUAUAUCCAUUCAGGGCAAAGACGAGCAGAAGCAGUUCCGUGUGUAUUCGGAUGACAAGUUCGAGAAGCUCUUCAAACUGUAUGCCAAGAAGACAGAACUCAAGCCGGAAGAUUUGACAUUCUGCUUCGACGGGGAUAAAGUUAGCCCAACUACAACACCUACUGAACUUGGAUUGGAGGAUGGUGAUAUGAUUGAGGUUCAUGUGAAACCACACUAAAUAUGCCAAAAGGAAGGGUUAAUUUCUCGUUUUUUGCGAUUUUUGCAAGCAAGCUAACAUGUUUAGGCUGGUUCAUCAAAAUUUUGUGCAUUAAUUAUAACUUUUCCCCUCUGUUUCUUUCAA